AUGAACUUGAACACGAUUCUUGACGCUCAUUGCCAUCCAACGGAUACUCCAGGAGACCUUCAUAUCAUCCCAGAAUUGUCCUUGGGGAAAAUAAUCAUAAUGGGCACACGUCCUAUGGAUCAAGGAUAUGUUUCAGAAAUAGCAGAAAAGUAUCCUGAGAAGGUAAUUCCAAGCUUUGGUAUCCACCCUUGGUUUUCGUAUUUGAUAUAUGACCCUAAUGAGUUAACUCAGUCCGACGAAUCGACCAUCAAAGCUGAACAUUAUAAAAAGAUCCUUUCACCGGAACCACCCGGUGACUUUAUUCGAGAGUUACCUCAACCUAUAUCCAUUACAACUCUUUCGGAAAUUAUUUCCCAGCUUGUCGUAAAACAUCCUUCUGCUUUGAUUGGCGAAAUUGGUUUAGACAAGCCUUUUCGUUUGCCUGUUGGGCCUUAUGAUGCUAGAUCGUCUUUGCCGCAAGGGCCGCUCUCGCCUCACUACGUUCGUAUGGAGCAUCAAAUUAAAGUUUUUGAAUUUCAGCUAAGAUUGGCAUCGAAAUAUCAAAGGACCGUCAGUGUUCAUUCAGUGCAAACAUACACGUAUAUAUACGAUGUCUUAUCGAAAUUAUGGGAUGGUCACUGGAUCCCUUCAAAGUCUCAACUGAGAAAGUACAAGCCUGGUGAAUUCGAAUCUAUAAGAGAAGGUCGAAAGCAAAACUACCCACCAAGGAUCUGCUUUCAUAGUUACUCUGGAAGUGGUCAACAGAUUUCCUUGUUUUCUGCUCAUAAAGUCCCAUCAGAGUUUUACUACUCAUUUUCCACUGGCAUCAACAGUCGUUAUAAAAAAAUGGAUGAAACAAUUCGAUCUGCUCCCGAUGACAAAAUAUUACCAGAAAGUGAUCAUCAUAGCGCUAGUACUCUCGACAAGCUUGUAGUAGAAUCUGUUUCCGCCAUUGCAAAAGCCAAGUCUUGGAGUGAAGAAGACACGAUGAGUAUACUAAGCAAAAACUGUUCUUCCUUUUUAAUGUGA